AUGCACUUCACAGGCUCCUCCUUGUCUCCUUGCUUUGACUUUCCCACCUCCUGCAGGCUGUCAUCCCCUGUUGGCAUUUGCAUAUUGCAAGGGAAUAAAACCUCGGUUCCCCCAGACAGGAACCAGAGUGUUAUGGGAACGGAGCACUCGAAGGACGAGGGCCAAAGGAGCAUGGUUUUCCUCAGGAAAGGCCCAAAGCUGCCUGCRUGGGAAGACGCCCUUCUCGCUGGGAAAGAGCCCAAAUCUCUGCUGAAACGGGGCUUGCGUUAUGUCAGCUUGAGCCUCAUYAUGAAAGGGAUGACCAGCACGCCUGACUUCUUGUGGGGACUGCACGAGGUGCAGAAGCUGAACCUUUCACGCAACCAGCUGGUGCUGAUUCCUCCUGCKCUGGGCAAGCUGGACAGGCUGGUAGUGCUGAACUUGGGUGGCAACUGCCUCAAGAGUCUGCCCAAGGAGAUCGGGCUGCUGCGCAACCUGAAGGUCUUGUUCGCCAACAUGAAYUGCCUGAAAGAAGUGCCGGCAGAGCUCAGCUUGUGCAGGAAGCUGGAGGUUCUGAGCCUCUCACACAACUGCAUCUCGCAGCUGCCUCUGAGCUUCACCGACCUGACGAGCUUGAGGAAACUGAACCUCAGCAACAACCGCUUUGCGCAAAUUCCCCUCUGCAUUUUCGCYCUGAGGAGCUUGGACUUCUUGCACCUGGGGUCCAACAAGCUGGAGAACAUUGCCGAGAGCAUCCAGUAUCUGGUGAACCUGCAAAUCUUUAUCGUAGAAAACAACAACAUCCGCAGCCUGCCGCGCUCGCUGUGCUCCAUCGGCAGCCUGGAGCUGCUGAACGYGGAUUACAACGCCAUCCAGAGCCUCCCCGACGAGCUGUACCUGCUGCGCCGGCUGCGCCGCAUCGCCUGGAACCCCAUGGACAAGGGCCUCCACAUCGCCCACAACCCCYUGGCACGGCCCCUGCCCGAGGUGGUCGAGGGAGGGCUGGAUGUGCUCUUCAACUACCUCAGGGACAAAAAGGAGCACAACUGA